AUGUCAUGUUCCGCGGUCUCCCUCUCAUAUAUCCCACUUCAGCCAAGUGUUCAUCCUCCAGUACAAUUGUUGCAAGCUGCAAAAGUCAAGACCACCUCAGAAGCGCCGCAAAAAGCAUUUUUGGUUUCGGAUGCCAUUUUCUGUGAAAAGACUAAUUUCGAAGGACCGUAUGUAGCUGAACAUCGGAAGGGAGAUGUUGAAAUGACCUUCAUCAACCAGCUUAUUGCGAACGUCUUGGCCAUUGUAAACGAAUCCGGAAGCACUGAUUUUGAGUUCAAAGUGACGCUAGAAAGGGAGGAUAAUGGCUUACCAAAAGCUACCUUCGAGCUCAUACCGAAGGCUCGCCUGAAUAAUCCGAUAGAGCGACUCAAUCGAGCAUAUGUGCAAUAUGCUAAGGCAAGGUCGGAAACUCCACCACCCGAGCAGCAGGGAUCGCGCUUUUCUCUUUUAUCCGUUUUCAACUCGGUAUUUCCUAGUCUUGUGAGUCAUGAAACUCUUUAA